AUGCCCAGCUCGCACGCGCAGCUCGCCGCCUUCGUCGCGACGAUGAUGACGCUUCAGUACGUCCGCCGACGCGAGGAGUUCAGGGUGUUUUGCAAGUGGAACAAACGAGGCACAUCCGGCCGCGCGGGCCACGCGGACGCGAUGACCGCGGCGCUCGUCGUCCUCGCUUGGCCGCUGGCGUGGACCGUGGGCAUCAGUAGGGUGUACCUCGGGUACCACAGCGUCGAGCAGGUGGUGGCGGGCGCGUGCGUCGGGUGCGUGUUCGGCGCGGCGUAUCACGAGCUCGUGUGCCUGGCGGCGACAAAGUCGUUCGCGCGCCUGGACGUCAACGACGGGGGUUUGGGCGGGGCGGUGGCGCGCGCGGUGAUUGGGGCGAGGAUGAGGGAUAGCUCGCUGGUGCCGGAUCCGCUCGAGGUCGAGAGGGUGGCGUUGCAGGUCAACGUGCUAGACUUCAAGGAGAAGAGCUUCUGA